AUGAGAGCUGUAAGCGAGUGCACUGCGAACAAGGGAGGCCCCGAUUGCAGCGGACUUUGCGAUCACGACAGGGCUUGCAAGAAGGACGGUCUCGUGGUCCCAGACGUCUUUGAUCACUCAUCGCAGGUCUGGUCCGAUGAGAUCCAGGAAGUUAGUCAUGCUAAAUGGAAAGAUGAUGAUGGCGUUUGCGGUUCGGUGCGCCUCCCGAGGUUUCCCCGCGUGCCCCAUUUUGGCCGAUCGGCCGAUCGGGCGAACCUAGUCUAA